ACGUGACAAUUCAACAUGGCUUCACGCUGGCGGAGUUUAACGCGGUUUCGGUCAACAACACAAGGGUUUAUUCUCUUUACCAUCAGCCUGACUGUCAUCCACAGCCUGGGAAACGAUGCGGACAGUUGUGAUAAACUACAAUUGGGACAAUAUCUGUGUAAAGAACCCAAAAUAGAUGAUGCAACUCAGGAACCAGAGAACUGCAAGGACCGGUUGGCAUGGGUUGAAUGUUUACCUGCUCCUAACAUCAGCUGCCGGCUGUCCAAUGGCACUUUGUUCAAAUUCAAUGGCGAAGAGGUCGGCUUCAACAAAACUAUCCAAUGUCGGAAUGUGAGUGGUUACUCAUACAAAGUAGCUGUUGCUUUGUCACUGUUCCUGGGAUGGAUUGGAGCGGAUCGGUUCUACCUGGGAUACCCAGCUCUGGGUCUUCUGAAGUUCUGCACUGUGGGAUUCUGUGGAAUUGGAAGCUUAGUGGAUUUCAUGUUGAUAUCCAUGCAGAUAGUGGGACCAUCGGAUGGUUCGGAUUACAUCGUGGAUUACUACGGGGCACGUCUCACGCGUCUUUCCAUAACAAACGAGACCUACAGGAGAACGCAGCUUUCUCCGUGAAGGCACCAGGUGGAUCUAAAUGAGACGACGCGCCAAAUGUACAGGAUCGUGUAAAUCUUUGUUGUCAUCACUGUUUCCAAACAUGGAGCUGCUCAAACAAGUUCUGCUGUUCGGCCCAGUUUUUUUUUUUACUGGGCCGCAAAUCUCAUCACUUCCCGUAUCUCUCUGUCCAUCUGUCCAUCGAUCAUCAAUCUCCUCCCUGCGUCACAGCUCUGGAAUGUCAUCCAUAUUUUAUUGCUUUUCAUUCCCGUUCCACACUUUGUGUUGUUUGACAUUGUGUUUUGAUGCAAUUCAAGUGUAAAUAAAUUUUUUAUCAACGUACGUUUGUUUUUCUCAUCGGUGAUGGUAGCGCUAAAUAAAAGUAGCAAUGCUACUAUUUUAUACAAUUUUUAGUUGUGUAAUGUAUGUAAUAUUUGUCUGAUUUUUUUACAUUUAUGCAUUUGGCAGACACUUUUGUUAUGCAUUUUUAUCACAUACAUUUUAUCAGUAUGUGUGGUCCUUGGGAUCAAACCCAUAAUGCAAUGCUCUACCAAUUUAGCUACGUAAACGCUUUCAAUUUCAAAAUGUAAAAUUCACAAGUGUAGUUUUGUGUACAGUGUUCAAUAUUGGUUUCUAUACUCAAUGAACAUCUUGGUUGUUGUCCACAGAAUAAAAAUCAAAAAUUUGGAGAAUCGUAAGUGGCCCGCACCUUUCAGGUGUCUUGUAAAACCAAACCCCCUCUGUGAUCUCCAAGCGAUCUGUGUCGGACCAAUGUCAAACCCUCCUUCAGUUUCAUUCGACAGAAUCUGGUUCAGUCCCUCAAAUCACCAUUAAUACCGUACAGCCUCUUCAUCAUAGAAGUGAUUGCGGCGCUGACCGCACCACGGCAAUGUGUGUGCGAGCCAGUAUGCUCCUGUACGAACUAGUGUCCUUGUCGCAACACGUACAGCUCUGCUAAGAUGUGUAAAACUAGAUUUAGCUCAUUCCCCAGCGUCGGCGAUGACAGGUG